CUGGCUGUGACGGGAUCAACAAAAAACAAGUGGCAGUGAUUUAACAACGGAAAUGUUCACACGUUGUCAAACACAAACUUCGUCCAUGAACGCGUCAAGGAAAAAACAACGUAGCUAAUCCUCCUUAAUCGUUAAAUCGACGUGAUGGGUGUCCGGCGGCAUAGAUUCACACUCUUCGUUUUGUUAAGCUAACAUACCGUAUUAAAACAAUGCUGAGGAAACAGCGUGUGCUGAAGAUGCCUGGCAGAUUUGACUGUCUUUGCCUGGAAUUUAAUCUCAGCUCGAAAAGAUAAAAACAGUUUCUUCAAUAUCUGAUUUGCAAUGGAGUGGCCGGGGGAUUUUCCUGAAGACCAUUCUUUUCUUGACCUGGUGGUCCCUGGCAUAUCGGCUGACUUCGACUUUGAAAAUCUUCUCAGAGACACAGAGGAUAAACUGAAGCUCAAUGCCUCCAGCAUUGAGCAGCAGCUUUUGGAGCUUCAGUCCAAACUCUGCGAUUCACGGUCAGGAGAACGACCCCCCAGUCCUACUGAGUGUCUGCAGUGGUUCAGUCUCAGGAACAGCUUAAGACCUGUUGCCACCAAACCUCAAGAUAUCAUGGAUUUCUUACGAGCCAUGUUACAAUAUUUGGGCUCGGAAGAAGAUGGGAAAGAAAAACUGAUUCUACAGCUUUUGUUGGAUCUGUCAACCCAGUGUGGCAUUUGCUUUCCUAAUGGUCCUUCUAGUACUUUCUUGGCUUCAACUCUUCCUUCUCAGUUAGCGGCCUCAUCCAUGAACCUUGUACAUACAGUCAAAGAUGACUCAUCUGUCGAGAUCCAGGAGACCUGGGAUAAUGUACGCCUCCUGUUACGGCGCCACCUGAUGAACCAACUAUCCACCACCCCCUGCCAAAGAUCUUCCCCUUCCCUGUCUGAACGAGCCCACUGUCUGCAGCAGCUUUGCUUUCUCUAUCCAGAGACUGAAGUUCUCGCACUUUAUCAGGAAAUUCAGCGCCAAUUGGUGUUGUCCACUCUCAGCGCUGUCAUGAGUUCAAGCUCAUGUGGCAAUACAGGCUUCGACCGACUGUCUAAAGGAUUUUCAUCCAUGGUUGGGAUUCUGAUUCAAGCCAUCACAGAAGACCUCCAUGUCCUUACUAGACUAGUGGAGCCGCACCGAACCCUGGCUUUCCUGAAUGCUGUCUACUUCAGCACUUUAACACAUGAACUGGCAUCGUUGAUUGAGAGAGAGUCAGAGACGGCCCUGAGAGACAACACCAUGGUAGGAAGCAAGAUGAAGAAGUACACGUCCAUGUCCCGGGCAACAGUUGCCCCGUUGGAGCCUCCCAUGAAGAGCAGGAGUUUCAGUUUGACUGCUCAUCAGUUGAAGGCACUGACCCAGAUGACCUACACCCUCAUGAACUUUGAGAGCGAUGUUAAGGAGUUGGUCACCAACAUGACCUUUGUUGAUUGCACUGGAGAGAGCCCCUCUGUAAAAGGCAUCUUAAAAAAGCCCAAAGAGGAACCAGAGACUGCAGGGAAUUGUAAAAGGUCUGCGACAGAGACACCACACCACUCAUCAGAGGAGCCAGUCUUGGAAUAUGAAUGGAGGUCAGCAUUUAAGGUUCUGGCUCCUCACAUGGCACACUGUGUUAAGGUAGUCCUCAAUGAUAUAUGUGCCAAGAGUCUACAGCAAGAACAGAUGGUUCACUCUGAACAGCGUGGCUUCAUUGACCUGAGCCAAGUCAGCAGUCACACAGAUUUCAUUGCUGGCAACGCCCACCUGAGCGAACGCUUUCUCAACACCAGCUCGCCGAGAGACGCUCCAAAGAGGAUAGCCCAGUUUUGCGCAACAAUCCUGGAUGAGGCGGAUGCACUACUGUCCCUGGCGAUAGCUUGCAAAGACGACUGUCUGCUGGAGGUGCAGUCAAGCUUCCUGGAGGCAUGUGGUCGUGUGGCCUUUGACAUUUUGGGCCGUUUAGAAGAGAGGGCCCUUGACAUCCCUUCAUCUGCCCCUCUUAAGAACCUAGCUUCUGUUUUAGCCACCUGCAUAUACACCCAACAGCGACUGGAAUAUUAUCAUUCCAGACUGAAGGGCUUAACUCCAAAAGUCCCUCUGACCCUGCUCCCUAUCCAGAAGUACCAGGAUACCAUUAAGACCAUAAGAGAUCAGCUGACUGGCUAUUGUUUCCAUGUUUGUGCCACCUGCGUUCUCCAGGACGCAGAGAGCCAUUACUGGGCAGAUCCCAAACCCUUCUAUGAGGGGGAGCGCUGCUCUUUCUCAGUGCAAAUGUGGUUCUACUUCCUGUGUGGGCUUCGUAGUGACCUCUGGGCGAUUCUUCCGGCAGCCCUUGCCAAAGAGCUACUGGGGCAGGUCAUGUCAGAGACCUUAAUGUUGCUGGUUCAAAGAUACGCCAGAGCACAGCCCUCGUUCAAGAGGCAUCUCCAGAUCAGGUGUGACAUCACAGCACUGUUGAUGUUUGUGGAGCAGCUCAUGUGGAGUGUGUGUGACAGUUUGGAGGUCUUGCUGGACACAGACUCCUCAUCAUCUGAGGACAUUACCUCUGGAAGUCCCAACUGGCCCUGCCAGAUCCACAGCUUGUGUGACCAACUCCUGACCAUUCUGGUCAUUCACACAUCGCCGCUGUCUCUGCUGCACAUGACAUUUGUGAAUAAUCUGAAGAACUGUGGACAAGAGCUCCUGCAUCAACCCCAUGUUCGCUGGCUGAGUGCUGUCAACCACGACAUCUCCUCAGAACAAUGGAUGGACGAUGGCAGGAGGGGAGAGGUAGCAGCUCUGUGUCAGCUGAGGCUGCUGACCUCUGACCCCGCCAACAAUCCCAGGUUGUUACUGAAAAUGCUGCUUGACAAAGAGUGCUACCUGCCGAAGCUUCUCCUGGAAAACUCUGGAUUUUGCCAAAACCGUGAGCCGGUGUGGUCCGAGGAAAAUGGGUCGGCAGGAGAUGACUUCAUAGUAGCACUGUUCAACAUUUUCAUCUGUCUCAAUAAUCACCCCAAGGCCUUGACUCAGGCCCUGCAACUGUAUCUGGAGAAGACACAAGCAUGGGAACAUCUUUAUACAUUAGCAGAUUCUGGUGAAAAGGUUCCCAUCAUUGUGCGCUGUGUCCGGCCAGUGGUGAUGACGUCCACCGACAUUCUCCUGAAAAAACUUGUUGCCAUGGUGAUGAGCUGGCAAGUGAAGGAUGAACCUAAGAGUACAAUGUUCAAGCAGGAUGUAGCAGAUUACGUUCUCGCUAAAGUGCCCAAAGAGUGGAACUACACUCACCUGGAAAAAAAAGACUCUUACUUUAAAACGGUCAUACCAAACGCCAUCCAGGCCUUAUCUUUCAUUUUCACCAACCUCCCGCUUGUUUUGUCUUCUCUGCCGUCACCUAUCCGUCACCUUUUCCAAGUGGCGGAAAAGCAACUCUCCCAUCAUUCUCGACAACUGCGCUCCGUUGGCCUGCUGUUGUGGGCAUUGCUGAACUGCCUUAUUCGGGGACUGGAAGACCCACACGAGCUUGAAAAGAUCAGCGGGUUGUCGCUGGACUGCAAAGCCAAGGACCGUCUAGCUCUUCUGGCAGAAUGCCUUCAAGCCUCGAUGGGCAUUCAACUGAAGGGAGUCCCAAAACCCACUGUGCACAAGGUUCUGCAAACAUUAGAAGAAAAACGACCCAAGUGGAUCAGCAUGCAGCUUCAAAAAUCCCGCAAACUUUGCUCCGACAGUGUGUUUGAGCGAGCGAAAGAAAGUGGAGCUGCUGCCGCUGAACUGACAGAGCAGGAAAUGUGCCUGAUGCUGCUGGAGGUCUGCCACCAAGCAGGUGGCAGUGACUACCUGAGGCAGAUCUAUCACAUCAUCCAAGGCAAUGAGGAGUUCCUCAUCUCCAAACUGAGUGGUGCCUCUGGCCCUUCUCAAUUGGUGAACUUUAAACAUGGCGUCAAGAAAAACAGUGAUGUUGAGGAGAAGACCUGCCAUUUUAAUCCGCUUUACCAAUUUGAUACUAUUGGCUCAAAGAAGCUAGUACAGAGUGCUGUGUUGGACUGGGCGUGGGACUGGCCGCGGCUGCUGCCAGCCUACCAGGGCAUGAAUCCGGUCACCUUCACAUCCCUGCUGGCCAACAGGCUCUGCCAGAUGUCCUGUUAAACCGUCACCCCCAGCUUGGUCCAGCCUGACUUCCUCCUUCGUUUCUUUGCCUUUUCAUCCCACCUUUCUUCGUUUAAUUAACUCCUUCAUCCAGUGAACCGCUGUGACAGGGACCCCGCUGCUAUUCUUGUUUCUCGCACAUUAAUGGCCACAGGAGGGCCCGCCCCCGUCUUCCCACCCUCGCCUCAACUUGGUUUUAUGGCGGUCAUUUUUCUGCCCUGUUAACACGUUUAUUUUCUCACACCUGCACACCUGCAUUAGUGAGUUGUUGACCGCGUGGCGCUGCACUGAUGGAACAAUUAAAGCAUUUUUCUUUACCUAAUUUUAUGGGUUGACAAUUUAAUGUGACGCUAAUUUAUGUGGGAGACAUGUCAGGGCUCCUGGAAUGCUCAGCGUGAGCUGUUGCAUGCACACUUUUUUCAGCAUUUCUGAAGUACUAGUCCCCACUGUUGCAAUGUAUCAACUCAGCUUCAACAAUAAAAUAGUUUUCCUGUUUCAGUGGAGGGUUUUGGGGCUUGCAUUUGUCUGACAUUGUCAGUUUAUGAUGUCAUCGUGUCAUAUAUUUAUGUGUGGACAAUGAUACCAGAGUAACUCCGGUGAACAGAGAAAUUAAUGGAAAGAUAUAAUGUAACUCAAUAUUUCAGGACUCAAGUCCAUAUUUUAGAAGAAAAAAAAAAAGAAAAGAAAAUGAUAAUAAAUGAAUAAGAAACUCAAUUCAUAUAUAUUAGGACAAUAGUAAACAUAAUAAUAAUAUAUGUCCUAGCAUUGUGAGAUAAACCUGUUAUACACUGUGCGGCAGCCUUGACUGCAGCACACUUUCUAUACAUGGCGGAUCCACCUCCUCCCCAUUUUAUCUUUAUCCAUUUCAUAGAAUUUAUCUUUGUAUUCUCAGGAUUGAUGUUGCAAUGCAUCAUGAACUGACAUUUCUCUUCUUGGAGCAUCUGUCAGGAGAGGCUUUGAAGGAGAUGUGUCAUUGCAGCCUUGACAACAAGGUGGCACUCUGCACUAAGACAAAUCCCCCGAGGCGCCUCAAUACCCCAGAGACUAACCUUUACCCACUGAGACUCCAGCAAACACUAGCAUGAGGGAGAUGAAUCAUUGAGAAGAACGCAUGUCAGUGCACUGCCAUUCUUGUGUGUCUAAACUGCCACAUAAAGUUGUUUGAGUUCAUGUAUUCUUCUUUUUCCCCGUUAGCAUUUAUAUGCUAGUAAGUGAGAUAAAUAGAUUAUUGCUCUUUAUUCAUAACAUAAGACACAAAGUGACUCACUGGAACAUAAAUAUUUCAAGUCAAAGCUUAUUUUGGUCGCUCAGCUGCCUAAAAAUAGUUAAUCUUGUCGCAAUAAUAAUACAGUAAUGAUUGGAUCUGAUAUGGUUUCAUCUGAAAUGAUCAAUAAAGUCUACAUUUUUGGCAGUCGGUGAUAAAAAUGUGGGGCACCUUUUGA